AUGAAUUCACUUGCAUCAAUUCUAUAUUCAUCAUCAUCAGCAAAGACAAAAAAACGGAAAAAUAUUUCUUUACAACCAUUAUUAAAACCUACGAAACCAAUUUAUCCUCAAUCAUCAAAAUGUACAACUAGUGGCAUGUUAUUUCGUUCAUCAACACCUAAAAUUCCUUUAACAACAGCUGUUCAUCCAAUAUCAACAACAUCAUCUUCACUUCCAAAAAAUUCUCCACAAAGUCCACGUUGUUCAACACCUUUAUUUGCUAAACAACGACGAUCAAGACCAUUUAUUGCAUGUGAACUUUGUCGAGAACGAGCAUUUCGAACAUCAAAUGAAAAUAAAAAUGAGAAAAAAAAUAUAUCUCAUCAUUGUUCUGCAACAUUAUGUCAUUAUCAAUAUCAAACAAGUACAAAAAUACAUCGAAGGCGUUCAACAAUCGAUCAAUUACUUGUUUGGAUUGUUUAA